ACAAGAAAAAGGACACAGACUUAGGAAAGAGAAAGGACACAGACUUGGAAAAGAGAAAGGACACAGACUCGGAAAAGAGAAAGGACACAGACUCGGAAGAGAGAAAGGACACAGACUCGGAAAAGAGAAAGGACACAGACUCGGAAAAGAGAAAGGACACAGACUCGGAAAAGAGAAAGAACAAAGACUCUGGAAAGACACCGGGAAUCGAAAAUAAAAAGGGCAGCGAAUCAAAGAAAAAGGAGACUGACACGGACAACAAAAGCAAAACAGAUUCUGCAAAUAAAACGGAAACCGGGAAGGACACGGAAGCUGAAAAUAAAAACGACAGCAAAUCCUCAACGGAAACGGAGAAAGCCAGCGACCCGAGCAAAGAACCGGAUGUGGAAAAGCCGGCUGAGGAGGAAGGCAAAAGCGAUGAAGAUGAAGAUGACGAGGAGGCACCAAAAAAGGAGGUGGCGAACGGCAGAGGAACUCCGGCUUCACGACGAAGAUCGAAACGUCCGGCGCGUCGAAGGAAAGCCGCGCUUCCGAGAGCAGAGAGGCAGGAUUCAGAGUCUGAUACAAACACCGGGAUGUCUCUCCGAAGAUCUCCAAGGAUCUCAAGACCCACGACUAAAGCGGUGGAGACCCAGGGAAAGAAACCGGAGAAAUCUGCUCCACAGGCGGACAAGAGCGACGACGACGAAAAGGAUGAUAAAGAAAAGGACGAGGACGAAGAAGAGGAGGAGGAGGAGAAAGCUGUUCAGAAGAAACCGAGGGAGAAGAAGCCCGAGCAGGAGGGUCAGACCAAACCUAAGGGGAGGAAGAGACGGAGGGUCCGGUGGUCCAACACAAGAACACGCCGUAAAAAGAAAGGCUCCGAAGACGAAGAGGAAAACAGCGAAGACGAGUCGAGCGCCGAGGAGGAAACUGAGGCAGAGGACGACAGCGACGAAGAUUACAAGGUGGAGCGACGCAAACGGAGACGCAAUCGAAACCGAGAGAGACGAGAAUCAGACUCCUCGACCUCCUCAGACGACGAUUUACCUCCAAACGACGACCCCUGCAAACACUGCGGGCUCCCGAGCCAACCAGAGCUGAUCCUCCUGUGUGAUUCCUGUGACAGCGGAUACCACACGGCCUGUUUGAGACCGCCGCUCAUGAUCAUCCCCGAUGGAGAGUGGUUCUGUUCACCCUGUCAUCAC